CUUGUGAAAUAUUGCAGGUGUAUGAGUUUCCAGGUUUCCCCCACCUUCCUCUUCCUCUACCUGUCCAGUGACUCUACACAUAUGAGGCGCGCGGAGGAACAACAUGAGUCACAUUACCGGGAUGUAGUUUCGUUUGAUGUUUUUAGACGUUUUUACGGAGUAUAAAGAGACGAUUAAUGUCACCGAAGAAGAAGAUGUUUCCCUUUCUGCGGUCAGUCAGAGACCGACCUCCGGAGAACAUCCACAUCUCCUCUCUGCCUCCCAGUGUUCCCACAGACCCCGCAGAACAAACCGGAGCACAAGCCGAUGACUUGGAGGGAGAGAAAGCCGUGAUCCAGACGACACACACACACAGAGGCUCCUCGGUCUUCCUCCAGAAGCAGAACAAUGAACCGGUUUCUAGUACUUACUUUGAGCAGAGGGUCCCUGUUCCCGAGGAGGGCAGCGAGGGGGGCUUCAGUCUCCGAAAACUGUGGGCCUUCAGCGGCCCCGGGUUUCUGAUGAGCAUAGCCUACCUGGACCCGGGUAACAUCGAGUCUGACCUGCAGUCUGGUGCUAAAGCUGGCUUCAAGCUCCUCUGGGUGCUGCUCGCAGCCACCAUCAUCGGCCUGCUGCUGCAGCGGCUGGCGGCUCGGCUCGGCGUCAUCACCGGCAUGCACUUGGCCGAAGUCUGCAACCGCCAGUACCACACGGUGCCUCGUGUCAUCCUGUGGUUGAUGGUGGAGCUGGCCAUCAUCGGCUCAGACAUGCAGGAGGUCAUCGGCUGCGCCAUCGCUUUCAACCUGCUCUCCUCCGGCAGGAUCCCCUUGUGGGGCGGCGUCCUCAUCACCAUCAUCGACACGUUUGUCUUCCUCUUCUUGGACAAAUACGGCCUGAGGAAGCUGGAGGCCUUCUUCGCUUUGCUCAUCACAAUCAUGGCCAUCACCUUUGGAUAUGAGUAUGUGACGGUGAGUCCAGACCAAGGCCAGCUGCUGAAGGGGAUGUUCGUGCCGUACUGCGAGGGCUGCGGGCCGGUCCAGCUGACUCAGGCCGUCGGCAUCGUGGGCGCCGUCAUCAUGCCUCACAACAUUUACCUCCACUCUGCUCUCGUCAAGUCUCGAGAAGUGGAUCGGUCGAACAAGAAAGAAGUAGAAGAGGCCAACAAAUAUUUCUUCAUUGAGUCGACCGUGGCGCUCUUCAUCUCCUUCCUCAUCAACGUGUUUGUGGUGGCCGUUUUCGCCGAGGCUUUCUACGGACGCACAAAUCAAGAGGUGUACAGCGUCUGCAAUGAAACAGGAAGUCCUCAUUCACAUCUAUUCCCUCUGAACAAUGAAACACUAGAGGUGAACCUCUUCAAAGGGGGAGUGGUGCUGGGCUGUUUCUUUGGUCCCGCAGCGCUCUACAUCUGGGCUCUUGGGAUCCUUGCGGCCGGGCAGAGCUCCACCAUGACUGGAACGUACUCCGGCCAGUUUGUCAUGGAGGGUUUCUUGAACCUGCGCUGGUCGCGUUUCGCUCGGGUGUUGUUGACCCGCUCCCUCGCCAUCACUCCCACCCUGCUGGUGGCCAUCUUCCAGGACGUGCAGCAACUGACGGGCAUGAACGACUUCCUCAACGUGCUGCAGAGCAUGCAGUUGCCAUUUGCCCUCAUUCCCAUCCUCACUUUCACCAGUUUGCCUUCUCUCAUGAAUGAGUUUGCCAAUGGAUUAGUGUGUAAGAUCGGGGGAGGAGUCGUGAUCUUGAUGGUGUGUGCCAUCAACAUGUACUUCGUCGUGGUCUACGUGACUGAACUCAACAGCGUGUGGCUGUAUGUGCUGGCAGCGUUCUUCUGCAUAGCAUACCUGACAUUCGUGGGAUAUUUGGUGUGGUUGUGUCUGAUAGCUCUGGGAGUUUCCUGGCUGGAUCCGAACACCAGGAGAAGGAACGACACGAGGAUCCUGAUCGAGCAGCAGCCGGAGUUUGACUCCUGAAUCACAAGUGGACGUUUAUUUCAAAGAUGCAGCUGUAAGCAACCCGACUGACAUUUUACUGUUUUCUCUUGCAGUCUUCGUUAGUGCUGAUUUAUUUAUAAUAGAAGUUAAAAUGUAUUAAUGAAUGGGAUAGACAUUUUCAUCGAAUCUUUAGUUACAACGUAAUUACUGAUUCAAAAAACAAAAACAAAAUUCAUGAUGAGUUUUGCCAAAUUGACAGAUUUACAGUUGUGAAUAAAAAGAUAACGUGAUGUCUGAUCUGUUUGAAUUUA